AUGAAUAAUAAAAUACUUCAAUCGUUUACAAUUGUAGCUGUAAUGUUUUUCAUUAUUUUUAUGCUUUUUAUGAAAUACAUUCCAUUAUACCGAUACGUUCACGGUGAUAAUUUUAAUAAUAUUUCAGUUUCGAACGGAAAUAUUAAAAAUAACACCGAUCUGUCUCCACCAAUAAAAUCACCGAUUUUGUUUCUUAUGGUCAAUUUUUUUUACGCGUACGCCAUUAUAAUAAUUAUUAUUUGUUUUCACGGCUUGUACAAGUUUUCCGUCACGAAUGAAAUGUUUUCAAUUGAAAAAUGUUCAAGACGAUCCCGUGGUAUCGAGAACGACGGAAUCGGCACUAGUGACAUCGUUUUGUUUCCUCAAGUCACAGAGGAAACUGAAUUGAUUCCUGAGAAUAUUCCAUUGCAAAUCUUACCAGAAGUACCAGAAUCUAAGGUUAUUGAUAACCAUUGUUCGUGGGUAGGCAAUUGGAACAAAUAUUAA